AGGUAUUUUUCCAUCAUACCAGUAAGCGAUGAAAUUUUUUAUGUAAUUUGAACUGAUAACUGCCCAUAGAAAUAAACAAAUUACUACAAUAUGUACGAAGAUAAUCGACUCGUCAGUCCCCCGAUGACUGAAAGAAUUAAAUCCUGAUGAGUAAAUACUGCUCCUAACCCUUGACUUUAGUAGUUUCGAUAAACAGUUUAAAAUACAACAGUUGUAAGAUUAUAUGGAUUCUUAUUGGAUAACAUGGCAGAGUUUCAUACAGAAGUGAACAGAAAAUGAUUUUCCCCAGUGAAGUGCGAUAUUAAAAUGGAUUCCAGCUCAAAAGAGGGCAAUUUUGAUGCGAUAGUGAUGCCCGUGUUCUCAGAACCAGUUCGUGCAAAGAGUUUGUUGCGAGCAAACUUGGAAAAAUCUAGUGCAGGUUAUUUGCAAAGCAGGAUGCCAAACAUCAAGGUAUUCAGCGGAUCAUCGCACCCGGACCUGGCCCAGCGGAUCGUCGACAGACUUGGCAUCGACAUCGGCAAAGUUGUCACAAAAAAAUUCAGCAACCUCGAGACAUGUGUGGAAAUCGGGGAAUCUGUACGAGGGGAGGAUGUUUACAUUGUGCAGAGCGGCAGUGGAGAAGUGAAUGACAAUUUAAUGGAGCUGUUAAUAAUGAUCAACGCUUGCAAGAUUGCUUCAGCAUCUCGUGUCACUGCAGUCAUUCCAUGUUUCCCUUAUGCCAGACAGGACAAAAAGGACAAGGGAGGUGACGAUGGAGACAAGUCAGACUCAUCAAAGAGUCGUAUUGUCAUGAGAACACACGAGUGGAAAUUCAGGGAAUUUGUGCCCGACCUGUCGACAAGCCGCGCGCCCAUCUCUGCCAAACUUGUAGCAAACAUGCUUUCGGUGGCUGGAGCAGAUCACAUCAUCACAAUGGACUUACACGCCAGUCAAAUCCAAGGCUUCUUUGACAUUCCAGUCGACAAUUUGUUUGCUGAACCUGCUGUUCUCAAAUGGAUCAAGGAAAAUAUUGUCGAGUGGCGAAACAGCAUCAUCGUCUCUCCAGACGCUGGUGGUGCUAAAAGAGUUACAUCCAUCGCCGACAGACUAAACGUCGAAUUCGCCUUGAUUCACAAAGAGAGGAAGAAGGCAAACGAAGUAGCGAGCAUGGUUUUAGUUGGAGAUGUGAAAGACAGAAUAGCGAUACUUGUGGAUGAUAUGGCCGACACAUGUGGAACGAUUUGCCACGCAGCGGAAAAAUUGUUGGAAGCAGGAGCAACCAAAGUUUAUGCCAUUUUAACCCACGGUAUUUUCAGUGGCCCUGCCAUUAACAGGAUUAAUAACGCAUGCUUCGAGGCUGUUGUUGUAACUAACACCAUUCCACAAGACGGUCAUAUGAAAGACUGCCCCAAGAUUCAGUGCAUUGAUGUUUCAAUGAUGUUUGCUGAAGCAGUGAGGAGGACACACAACGGCGAAUCUGUGUCGUAUUUGUUCUCAAAUGUGCCAUAUUAAUUAGGCAUUCUUCUAUAUAAAGCUAAAAUACAUAAGAUCGUUAGCGUCCUUUUAGUUUUCAUCUCGAUGCUCGAGCAGAUCGGGAAAUGGACUGUCGGAAAUCACUGCGAUAAUCCUAAACCUAAACUAAUGUCGAUUCAGCUCCGAAUCUCAAUCUAUCAAUCUUUGUUAUUGUUGUGUUAUCGUCAAAGGCAGUUAUUAUACGUCUCUUUGAUAGAACCGUUCAAUCAUUGUGUCACCUUCGUUUCAUAUUUUUAGGGAUUUUCGAUUGUUAUUCACGUAGAUUCAAUGUGAAUCUAGUUACUUUCUGCACCAAAAUCUACCGGAAAUACCGAGACUUUGACAGUCUUACCACCGGGAUACGGAAGCCUAUGCAAAUUCUGCGGUUAAAUGCUAUUUUUUAAUGUGUACAAAACUUUGAUACUACUUCGCUUUGGCCUGUAACGCUAGUUUGUGCUCGACGUAAAAAGACCAGAUUUGUAGAGCGUAUUUUUAUGUUCGUUUUUCAGCGUCAGUUUAAUGUACAGCAGAAGUGAAUUUUUUAAUCGUCGAGCGAGAUUUUUGUUUAUGGCUCAGGCGAAAAUACUCGUCUAUUUGAUUGCCUACAAGUUAUUGUAAUAUCUUCAAUACUAUGUUUAUAUUAAAAUUUUGAUACAGAAAAUUCCACUUUUUAGUCUUCAAUUUUAGGACACAUUUUUCACGGGGUAUAAAAACUCCGUAAGGUCUGUCGUUGGGAAUUAAAAGUAAAAUCAUAAAACGAGUUCAAAAGAAUUUGAUGGCCACAUUUUUGUAAUGAGUUUAUGCUUUUCGUUAUCUGAAGGCUGAAUUUACAAAUAAUUACAGUUAUUUGUAUGUAUUUAAACAAAUUUUAUGAAUAAUUUAGAUGGAAUUACGAAGUAAAUUUGUUGAUAUCGAAUUAGAAAGACAAAUAACUGCAUAAGUUUAUGCACUACCAUCAGUCUAAAUGUUAAUUAUUUUCUUAAAACAAAUUCAUUUACAUGUUUAGACGUGAAAGUUGGCUUUUAAAACUACGCAAGUAACUCAUUUGCUACUUUCUAGAACUUUUCCGGUAAGUAUAAAUUUCACGUAGGGCCUAUCAAUACAUUAAAUACUGUAAUUAAGUUUUAUUAUUAAUUAGCUCUUCUGCAUUGCAAAUACUCAUAAAAUUACGAAUGAACUAUAUAUACAUCAACCAAACCUAAAGUGUUCUGAUUGCUUCCGUAUCAUUUAUAUUAAAGAUAAUGCUGUAUAAAAAAGAGGCUUAAAAUGCAAAUGUGUAAAUAAUUUAAUCAAAGGAUCAAAUAUCUCUCACACGUAACAAUCGAUCGAGAAAGCAUGCUUAAAGUUCUUAUACAGAUUUAUUUUUUACUUAUUUAGGGAUAUGAAUUUGAGUUCCAAUCUUACGCAGUGCUCUUAAAUAAAUUAAGUGACGUGUGUACAAGUUUUGAAUCUCAAUAAAAUGCUGUAUUAGAAUU